GGGAAUUACCCAAACCACCUGAGCGAAGCCAUUCACGGAGAUAAAUUAUCGUAAUGAGCCUCGCCAUUCAGAGCCGGGGAAUGUGAUAACGUUCAUUCAAGGCGAGUGAUUCAGGUUUGACAGUCACCACCCUUUUUAGCCAAAGGAGGGCAGCGUUCCUGACAGUCGGUAGAUAUCAGUUUACAGGUUAGUUGUGUGGGAUGAAGACGACACUGAGAAGUUUAUUUUCUGCGAGUUGCGUAGGAAACUUAACUGCGCUCUAAAAGAGCCUAAUCAAGCUGUUUGAAUAAUUUCCCUCGGUGUGGAUAAAGCAACAGCCUACGGGAAAUCUAUCCAUGCCGCUUUGGAACGGUUUUAAGUAUGCGGGGAGCGGAUUUUAAAUCUGACAAUAUCCUACAUCAAUUCAGAAAGCAAAAGAACAAGCGGUAGUUGGAAACUGUAAGUCCACCGAUAAGAUACAAAAAUAACCCCGAAUGGGACCCGCGAUGGAAAAGGCGUACAUUUGCCGAAUGAUCGCGAUCUUUACAGUUUUAGCCCUAUGCAAACACUCUUUGGCCGACUGGAAUGUGACACUGCAGCCAGCCAACAGAAAUGUGUCCUGUGGUCCCCACGGCAACAGCAGCAACUGCACAGAAACAGUAGAGACCGCCAAGUGGAGCGGUCACUUCACAAAGUGUCCGAAGGAUUACAGACACUACUGCAUCCACGGGAAGUGCCGCUUCGUCAAGGAACAGAAUACUCCUUCCUGCAUAUGUCCAAGGGGAUACACUGGAUCCAGAUGUGAAUAUAUAGAUUUUGACACACAAGUGGGAGACCAGAAGCAGAUCAUCAUCGCCUGUGUGAUUGCAACGCUGGUCUUUCUCAUAUUCUUAAUAGUCUUCAUUUUCAUCUGUGCGCAUCGGAAAAACCUGUGCAGAAGGAAGAAAAGAAAGGAUGAAAAAAUGGAGGAAAAACUGAACAUGAUGAGCAGCACGAGAGAAGCCAGAGAGAGUCUACCAGCCACCGUUGAAACUUCAGAAACAAACGCGGUGUGACCAGUGAGGUGCAUCAUGGGAGCUGCUCACUGCUGGUCAUCAUCGUGGGCCCGCCUAUGACCGAACACCCCAUUUUGUCAGCUUCGAUCGCCCUGCGUACACAGAGCUUCCCCUGCCUGCUACCCCCCACACCCCCACCCCCCAUGAACCCCCGCCCCCCCCACCAUGCCCACGACUCGGCAGAAAGACUGAAAAAACAAAACAAACUAAACCUGCUUUUCACAGCAGUUAGCUUUCGCACAGAGCACUUUGGAGAGGUGAGUGACAUCAUCACUCCGCGACGCUUGCCUGGUGGUGUGGGCGAUCUGAACUGUGGAUUUCUCAGUGUGAAGGCUCACAGACAAGGCUCCAGAGAGAGAAGGCUCACAGACAAGGCUCCAGAGAGGCUCC